AACCAACCGUCAGUUUUACGUAUUUAGCUUAUCGUAUGGGCUUUUUAUCUUUUUAAUGACAGUUAAGCUUAUUUGCAAAAAAUAUAUCUUCGGCGUUCAUUAUCCAGUCGCAUAGUUUGCUUGUCGGUUUCCAAAGUUGUAGGUGCAGACUCAAAAUGAACGCUAAGGUGAUUUUUGCUUUGGGAUGUUUCAUCUCAGUUCUACAGAUCUCUUAUCAAAAACCGGAUCAGAGAUUGAAGCAAUGUUCGCAAAAGCUUCUACAACAGAUUAACGCCCUAAACUGGAAGCAACCACCUAAGUGUUUGAAUCAGGACAAGUUGAAGGCUUUAUUCCAAUCCGUCGAUACCUUUAAGGGCUUCUUUGAUGGUUUGCCACGUAAAUGCAGGACCACGAAGGUGAAGAAACAAGACGCAGCAUACUGCGUGCAAGCAGCUACCGGUCAACUAAAGUCGAAGGGCAACGAUUUGAAGGCAGCCGUCAUGAGCGCAAUUCACUCUUUAUAUGCGGCUUCCAGCGGAUGCAUCAAAGAGGCCGCUUCUGCCUUCAACAAUUUAGAUAAAUACGUAUUGAAGGGAUGCCAAUAGUUUCGUAAAAAGCUUUGUACAAAAAGUCUAUAGAAUAUGUAUGAUCCAGCUUUCCUACUCUCCUUGUUCUGCUCCCGUUCAAUGGGCCUAAAGGGCGCCUAUUGCCCUCUGUUUAUUAUCGGUUAAUAGUUGAAGCAUGCUAGUGUCUAACCUAUUUUUAUUCCAUAUACUACGACAGAAAAUCCGUACUUGCAUUGAAUUCUGUAGCUAUUUGUGCUGGUAUCAAUAAAUUGUGGAAAACUGAAGAAGUCUGUCUUUCUCUCGCAGCUG